CACCUAUACUCGAUGAAGAAGUUUCCACGACAGUGACGCCAGAUAAAGUAAACGGCUCCGUAUUUAGAUUCCCUUGUUCCUGUGUGCGGGGGCAAUGCGGGUGCUGUACGGGAACUAUUAUGGAAAGAUUUAGGAUGAAGACAUGUGGGAAUAUAAGCUUUGUACCUGAAGAUUUUGUAUUUGAUCUCAGAAUGAGUGUUAAUAAUCGGACUGUCCUUCGGCAAAGAGUUUCAGCUGACAACCCACCCCCAAUUUGCUUCAAUCCUGGUAGAGCACCGUUCGUCCGUAUCUGCGCAGAACUCUCAGAUAUUAGGAUCCGUAAUAAUAACGCGUUCGCUUGUUUGGAUAUCACUGCGGAUAUUGCUGGGUUUCAAAUAUAUUCCGCUUCCUUUAGAUGUUUCGGAUUAGGUACAAAAGGCCUUCAAACUGGACUAAGCCCAAAACCAAUAUCAUCAGGGCCCGGUCCCAUAAGCCUUUUUGGUAACAAUGAUGACGACGAUAACCGCGAUGGCUUCCUCUCCAAUGUUGCUGGAGGCAUAUUUGGCGGAGGGGAUGAAGGGGGUCUAUUUGGUGGGGGUGGAGGAAUCUUUGGAGGUGGUUCUGAUAACGAUGAUGACGAUGGAGGACCGCUCGAUGAUAUAGGAGAUGCCGUUGGAGAUUUCUUCGAUGGAAGAAUUACAGUCGAAGAAAAGACAAACCUAACACAAACUGCUCUACAUUUCCAAGAUUUGGAAGACCUGGAAGUUCCCAAUAGUGCCUUGAUAUUCUUAGAACGAUUAAAAUCUAAACGCAUGAACGAAUUAUCGUUACGAUCUAGGCAGAGUCCAGAAGUCCAGAAUACAACAUCGACACCAGAAGAAGAUGAUGAUGAACCCUCGAGGAGAUGCACAUGUUCAUUUGGCGUGUGCAAGUGUUGUACGGGAUUAGUCUUGGAUUUGUUUAACCAGAAAGCUUGUAUGAAGGUCACUUAUCAUCCUGGGGAUUUUGCUUUCGAUGUAGCCAUGUCUAUGAACGAUAGGGUACUUUAUGAAAACUCUAUGUCAGGAAAAAACCCGAAACCGAUAUGUAUAAAUCCACCAAGACUAAAGAACUUGAAAGUUUGCGCCAAAUUUUACAAUGUAUUUUUCCCUGGAAGAAACUUUCACUUUUGCCUUGCAAUGACGGGUCAAUGGCGGCAGUUUGAACUCUUCAAUAUGGCAUUCGAUUGUUUACGAAUGGGUGCAAACGGGCUGGCGAUGGUAAAGCCGGAGGAAAAUGGGGGGAUCCCAAUACCUAACCCUGGCGGGGGGGUGGAUGCUGUCGUAGAUUCUGGCGACGAUGACAUUGAGGAGUACGACGAGAACAAUGUCAAGUCACUGUUUGAUUUAUUUGAUGAUGACGAUCGAAAAUAG